AUGGCGCGCGGUGUUUUCGACGCCGAACCCGCCCACGCGGGCGGCGGCGCGAGCAUGAUGGAGCCGUUCGAGGCCCUCAAGCACGCGCGGGCCGAGAUCGCGCGCCUCGGCGCCGACAACGCCGCGCUGCGACGCGAGGCGCACACGCUCAAGACGACGGUUGCGGAGUUGCGGGAGUCGCGAGAGAGGGACGAUGCGAGGACGCGGUUGGCGGACGACUCGCGCAGGAGCGACGCGUUGCGCCACCUCACCGCGGCGGAGGACCACGUCGCGUUGCUCCUCGGCGAGAGCAGGGGUCGACUGGACGCGAUGGCGCGCGAGGAUGGCGACCGCGCGUCGGGCGCGAAGCGGGGAAGGCUCGCGGGAGCGCUGGACGAUGACGAGCGGAGGGAGCUGGAGUUGCUGCGAGUGGAGGUGCGCGAACACGUCCGCGCGCGGGCGGAGAUGGACGCGGAGGCGGAGGAGAGGGAGGAUGAGCUGAAGGAGGCGUACGCCCACGUCAAGCGACUCCAGGAAGCCGCGCGCGUAGCAGCCAGCUAG